GCAAAAGCAAUGCUGAGUCUCUCCUCUGGACUGGAGGGAGGAGGAAGAAGAAGAAGAAGCAGAAGAAGAAGAGGAAGAAGAAGAAGAAGAAAAGCAAACCCAAGCAAUGCUGAGUCUUUGCUUUGGACUGGGGGCAGCAGAAAAGUAAAAGCAAGCCUGAGCCUCUGAACUGGGACUGUUCAGAUAGAAAGAAGAAAUGUUAGGACUCCUUUGUGGAUUUUAGGGAGGAAAAGCAAAGCAAGGAAAGGAAAGUCAAAGCAAUGCUGGGCUUCUGGUCAGGAGUGUAAGGAGAAAAUAUAGCAAUGUAUAUAGUGUGUUGUCUGGACUGAGAAAACUUGGUCAACAUGGCCAAACCCUGGAGUGAGCCUGAGUGAAUUGGGGCUUCUUCUUUUUUUUUGCUCCACUCCAACUUUGGACACAUGCAUACUGGACCUCAAUGCAGUCUAUUUUAAGGCUCAGUGAAAAUAGCCUGUAUAUGGGAAAUUAUACACAUAUUUGUCCUGAGAGUCAGCAGCUUUACUGAGUCCUGGACGCCUCCAGUACAGGAAAUAAACGGUUAUACGCUGAAGAGCCUACAACGCAUCGGAAUACUGAUUACAAUUCACCAGAUCAAAGGUGUUCCUAGUGAAAAAUGACAGCAGCAGUAAAUCUACAUUAACACAGGACAGCCAUCACGGAGUUUCAUUGUCGGGUUUUUACUCAUUGCCAAAAUCUUGGAGGAGAACACCAUCUCAUAUCAUAACAGAACCAAGAAUGAUGAAACAACCCUUGAGUCCUCAUUAACCACGCUCAACCCCAAGAGUUCACACCAGAUAAAUCAGAGCUUUUCCAGGAUCUGUUUGCGAAGCAAUUCCCACAAAGUUAAAUACAUCCAUCUCUGUCAUUAAACCCACGUUGCAGUCUUCAAGUGCGGCCCACCAGACCAUGAUGUUUCGUGACCAGGUGGGUGUCUUGGCCAGCUGGUUUAAGGGCUGGAACGAGUGUGAACAGACCGUGGCUCUGCUAUCACUGUUGAAGAGGGUGAGUCGGACCCAAGCCCGGUUCCUGCAGCUCUGUCUGGAGCAUUCGUUAGCUGAGUGCACGGAGCUGCAUGUUCUUGAAGUGGAAGCCAACAACCCAGCGGUGAUUGGCCAGUGGCAGGCCGAGCCAAAAGAGCGUCUCAUCUCUCUGGUCUUGACCCACCUGCCCCUCCUCAAGCCAGGCAACGGCGAAGCAAAAAGCGAGUACAUGCGGCUACUUCCCAAAAUCCUCACUCACACAAUCGAGUUUGGGCGGCACCUUGAGGAGAGUAGGCAGCUGCUCUCGUAUGCGCUCAUCCACCCGGCCACAUCUCUGGAGGACCGGGCUGAUCUCGCUCUCUGGCUCAACCACCUGGAGGAACGGGCAGCCACUCGCAGUGCUGGAGGAGGAGGAGGAGGAGGAGGAGGAGAUUCACUGGAGCGAGUGACUUCUUCUCAUCAUCUCUAUGCCCAGCAUCAGCGUUACGGCUCUGAUGACCGCCUCAACGGCUGGCAGGGAUCACGAGACUCGGGCAUUGCUACCUGGCACACACAGCAACAACAGCAGGGUUGUGAGAAUGGACAUCUUCUUCUAUAUCCAUCAUCAUCAGUCCCUUCUACCAUCAAUACAGUUGGCACAGGAAGUGGAAGCAACUCCAUCCUCCAGUCUGUGGGUCAGCACAGUCCUCUGAAGCGUUCCGUCUCUCUCACUCCCCCGAUGAGCGGCUCGUCCACUCAGCCUCUGGGACAUGGCUGGCUCUCACAGGAGGACCUGCGGGGACGGGGAGCACCUCUCACCCCUGACCACGCCCCUCUGUCCCCUCAGAGCAGUGUGGCAUCAUCAGGGAGUGGCGGCAGCGAGCACCUCGAGGACAGCUCAGGCCUGGGCAUGGCAAUCCGGAGCUCUUUCAGCGAGGAGGGGAGUGGCAUGCGGGAUGUUCCAGCAUGGCUGAAGAGUCUGCGUCUGCACAAGUACGCCGGACUUUUCUCCACUAUGACCUACGAGGAGAUGAUGUCGCUGACCGAGCAACAGCUGGAGGCACAGAGUGUUACUAAAGGGGCACGGCACAAGAUCAUUAUCAGCAUCCAGAAACUGAAAGAGAGACAGAACAUGCUACGCUCUCUGGAGAAGGAUGUGUUGGAAGGCGGGAAUCUACGUUCUCCUUUGCAGGAGCUCCAUUAUAUCAUUGGGACUCCCAUUAAAGCAUUCAACGGCAUAGCUGAGUCUCCACAGCGCCCCCUACUGAGUGCCGAGGGAAAGAGCGCAGCCACCGGAGUGUGUGUGAGCGGAGGGGAGGCUGAGAGCAGCACCACACUCAUAGCAGAGGGGGACAUUCCUGCUCAGUUCACACGCGUCAUGGGCAAAGUGUGCACACAGCUGCUGGUGUCUCGGCCAGAUGAGGAGAACAUCAGCUCGUAUCUGCAGCUCAUCAAUAAGUGCGAACUCCAUGAGGCGUUCACAGAGACGCAGAAAAAGCGAUUGUCGUCAUGGAGGCAGCAGGUGCAGAAGCAAGUACGCCCAUUUCCACGGAAACCUCUCCUGGACAUGACUGGGUACCGUCAGCCGAGAAGCAGCCGUGGUUUCGGUCAGUCCAACUCCCUCCCCAGCGCUGUGUGUGUGGGCAGCAGUGUGUGUUCCCGGAGAAACCUGCGCCAGUUUCCGGUGCCAUCACGGAGUCUCCCUGCACCCCCGCUCGGCCUGUUGGGCCCCGCUGGCCUGCUCACACAUGCACACACACCACGCAGUUCCAACAACACACCCACCAACCUGAAGCAGGGCAGACAGGGUCUAUGGUUUGCUAACCCGGGUGGCAGUAACAGCAUGCCCAGUCGCACCCACAGCUCUGUGCAGAGGACUCGCUCGCUACCCGUCCACACCAACCCACACACCAUGGCCAUGUUCCAGCAGGCAGACCUGCAGGUUCCUGUGACAGAGCCAGACAUCAAUAAUCGAUUGGAGUCUCUGUGCCGCAGUAUGACUGAACACGCUCUAGAAGAUGGUGUUGAUCGGACGUCCACUAUCUGAAGAAGAGCACGAAAAGGAGGCAGCGCUAACCAUGAAUUGAAGAGACGGUGGAACAAGGGCCAUUUGUGCAGCAUACACCUGCUUUGUCCUUAAACUUCACCCACUUGCUCAUCUAACCAACACAGUCAAUGGUAGUGGAAGUAAUGGCUGGUGGGUGUGGCUUACCUGCUACCAUACACCUUCUUCUGAAAGUGUGCUGCAAUUGACCAGCUCCCAUCAUCAUCAUCGAUAUCAUCAUCGCUGUUGCCGUGACUACUUUUUUUUUUUACACGUUAGGCAUUGGAUAUUUUUGGGAGAUAAAAAGAGAACAAAUAAAAAAAAAACAACAUAAAACUGAUCAGAGGUGCUGUAUGGUGUUUGGUGAACGUGGAGAAGAGAACAGAAGAUGGAGAGAUCCAUGAGACGUAAGGAUGGUGAAGCUCUCUCGCUGUGCGUCGAAACCAAAAACAGCCAGUAAUCAACAAACAUACACUACAAGCCAGGGGCUGAUCAUAACUUGCAUGGAGUCACCAAACCAAGUUGUUUACACACAUCUAUCAGUUAUCAUCUUCAGCAGCAACUUCCAGCAUUAGUUUACAAGGUUUUUGUUUUUCUCGGAUUGAUUUGGGAAUUUCCUGGCCAUUUGGGAAGCUGUUUUGUGAAGAUUUGGAGAGUCAGAGCAGCAGUGGCCAGAGAGAAGAGAAGAGGAAGGAAUGAGAAUGUGAGCGAGAGAGAGAGAGCAAAGGAGGAAAGGGAAGUGAUGUAUGCAUGUGGAGGAUAUGAGGUAAAACGAGGGGGGAAGGAAUGUCGUAAAUGGAUUUGGACGUCAAGGGAAGUGGACGAAGGCAUGUGGUAAGUCAGGCAAAGCUGGAUGUGUUGUUCAGAAUGGAAAGAGAUACUUGGCAAGGUUUCCUGCUUGAAAUCUUAUUUGAUAGAUGUUCCUGAUUUUGAUCGUGUUUGUAUUUGAAUGUCUUUGAAGAAGAUGAACAGAAAGUGAGAGUCAUGUAAAAGGCUACACUGGACCACUGCUCGUCUGGGGCCGUGCUUAUAUUCUCAGCUAUAUGCUCGGAUUGUAAAUAAAUACAUGUGUCCAUUAGCGAGGGUUUAGAGAGCUUUGAGUAAUAAUAUCCUCAUGCUGGAGUAACUGGAGGAAACGUACCCAAAUAUGUAGCUCCACCUGGUGGCCAAAUGGUGUAACAUAGUCAUGUGCCUUCACAUGGACAUUUGGGCAUCUGUCAGAAAACACACUGAUGUGUUGAUGGUUUGUGGGCGAAAACUAAAAAUUAUUUACCCCAGUGUAACCAGGAAACAUUUAAAAAAUAGCAAAUUAGCAGUUGUACGCUCAGCUAAAGUCAGACUGAGAGCACAGUGAUACUAAACGUUACAGAUAACCUUUAUUUAUAAACCAAUAUGUCACCAAUUUCUCAGUGUUAAAACUGACACACAUUUCAGUUCAUUCAUGGAAAGACUCACUGUAUGAAGACUUGAAGAUAACAAUUAUCAAGACAGAUUCAACAUGCUCUUGCAUUUGAAACGUUUCAGAAGCAAAAUGCUAAGAUGAAUUUAUGCUCAGCUUUAGUUAGCACUACAAGGAAAUUAGUUGUUUUUUUAUUAUUAUUAUUAUUUCUUUCCCCUAGUGUUGUCUUAAUGUCAGGUAGUCUGUUAGCAUAUCACAUUUGUAGGUUUACAGUGUGGAAUAAGCUUUUCAGUUGAACUUUGUGAAUCUCAGCCUCUUUGAGUAGCUGUUUGAUUUUCUGCAUGGAAUAGAACAUUGAUUAGGAAUCUAUACAGAUUGUUGAUUUUUGGAGCAGUUUAAAGCCCUUAAAAUGAGGGUUGGUAGAGUUUUGUGUGCCAUAAUUGUUUCUUUUUUUAACUAAUAUAAGAAAGUGCACUCAGUGCUGUGAAACGCUGAACUAUUGAAGGCAAACACUCUUACGUGCAAUAGAUUGGGCAAAGCGUGCUGGAGCACACAAAGUAGAUCAUGAAUGAGGGGUGUGCACUGGGGCUGGGAUCCCUUGCAAACAAAAAACUACAAGCAUUUUUUUUUAAAAGAUGCUGACUGCAAAGUUGAAUUCUGGUUAAAUUGUUCUAUUUGUAUUGCUGUUGGAGUUUCGAGAUGUUGCGCUGCUGCACACACACCUUGUAUCUGAUGUGUAAAUGUUUUGCCGUGAUACAAAUCGUCCUGCAUUUUACGAUUCCGGAGAUUGCUGAAGCAAGUGAGCAGCAAUAUCACGUGACCGCCAUUGGGUAUGUUUGACCUACUUUUAACCAAAACAAGUCGGCAUGGGCAAACAUGGUGGACUCCGCUCUCCCGUCAGUUAAAAGCCGGCGGAAAAGAAAAGGAAAGCCUGCCUAGUGAGUGCAACUGCAAGAUAGGUUAGAUGAUGUGACAAACUAAGAAUAACUAAGUCAUUCUAGCUAGUGCUUAGCUAUCUUAGCCUUAGAAUGCAUGGGCUCGACUCUAUGGUAGUGAGUAUGGAGUUAUACACCUAAUGUUUUGAUCUUGCAGAGAAAGAAAAGAGAACACAAAAGCAGUAACAGAGAAAAGAUGUACAUGUCUUUUGUUUCACGGAUCUAUUCGCGAAUGUCAACCACAAAUUGCAUCCCUGCGACUCAAAACUCUCCAAGGUUGAUGCAGUGUCACGAUGUUUUCUGCACGUUGCCAUCUUGGUGUGGCGUGGUUCCAUAGUUUUGGUAAUGAGUUAAAGCUCCUCACGUUCAGUUGUUUCUGGAGAAAAACAGUCCCAAAAUGGAGAAAAGCGACCCUCAGCACAUCAAAAUGAUCACAUCUCGUCUGCAUGACAUUGUUCUUGCAAGACAUAGGAAAAUGCCAUGCACAAUAAAAGUGUUAUAAAAAUUUCAGAUGACUUUGCAGUCAGCACUCAUGCAGGCAGGAGCGGGCAGUCAGAUACAUAUGGAUUUUUUGGUCUACUUUUGUGUUCUCUCAGAAUACUUAAAUUUGUGUUCCUUAGAAAUAAGGGUGGCGGCACGGUGGUGUAGUGGUUAGCGCUGUCGCCUCACAGCAAGAAGGUCCGGGUUCGAGCCCCGGGGCCGGCGAGGGCCUUUCUGUGUGGAGUUUGCAUGUUCUCCCCGUGUCCGCGUGGGUUUCC